AAUACAACAGAUAACUUUUUAAAGAAAAAUUCAACUUUUAUUUUCAGAGCAUCACAAUCUCCAGAACACAGCCUUACUCUUUUCCUUGCCACUCAAAAUCGAAUUAAACAAACAUUAAGAGAAAAAAUUCAAAAAGUUUUUAAAAUUUAUUUUUUUUAAUUAAAAGAAUUUUAGAUUGAUGCUUUUGAAGAAGUUUUGGCAGAUUUAAUAAAUUUAAGUGUUCACUUUUUUGAACAAAAACUUUAUACAAGUCCUGAAGAAAAGCAUACUCAUGUUAAGGUUAUUGCUUUUUGUUUUUAUUUAAUGAAUGUUGAAAUUUAUAAUAAAUUGGAACAGAAAAAACGAAUUUUUAUACAAAAAAUUGAUAAAAUAUUUAAGUCUGUAGAAGUUGUUCCAUUAUUUGGUGAUAUGAAUAUUCUUCCCUUUACUUUUGUUUCUCAAUGUAAACAUCCAAAUCAAUGUGUUGGACAAUGUAAAUGUUAUGAUCCAAAUAAAUGGCCUUUAUCUAAUAUUGAAGCCGAAAAAUGUCAUGUAAAUAUUAUAAAUAAAUUAAAUCAAAUAAGAGAACAACACGACCAAUAUAUAACACAUUUGGGAAAAAUUAGAAAUGAAUUCUCUAUUUAUAAUAGAAAAGGACCUUUAAAUGAUAAUGAAAAUAAAGAAAUUGCUGAAUUGACUUUAAAUGGAUUACAAUUAAUUUGUUUUUGGACUAGUGAUGUUGUUGAAACUAUUGCCUGGAAAUUAUUAAACCCUUCAAAUCACAGAAAGAAUCCAGAAUGUCCCGAAAAUGCUGAAACUUAUGAAUUAGCAACAAAAUAUAAUUAUAAUAAUGAAGAAAAAUCGGCAAUUGUUGAAAUUAUUUCGAUGGUUAAAGGAAUUCAGUCAUUACUUGGGCAAAUGGAAGAUGAAUUUUGUGUAGCAAUUAGACAACAUAUUUAUGUUGAAAUGCGGGAUUUUGUUGGAGGAACAUUAAUUGAAUUACAAACAAAAGCUUUAAAACAUAAAAAGGAUGUUUUGUCUUGUAUUUUAACAGCAAUAAUUGAGACUUGUUCUGAUCAGUCAAUGAUUGUUGGUAAUCAAUUGGGAAAGUUUAGUUCUAGAUCUUCGGAACUUUCAUCUUCUUCAAAAUUAUUAAAAAAGGGAAAGAAAUUAGAAAAUAAUAUUGGUUCAGUUCCUGAUUUACGUGUUGGAAGAAGGAAUGUUGUUCCGAGUAAUACACAAUUAUAUUUGGCUCGAACAAUGUUAGAAUCUAUUAUUUAUGAAAAAUCUGCUUCUACUGGCCGUAGAGUUUAUAAAAAAGAAAUUGAUGAAAAAUAUAGAGAAAAAAUGAUUAAUUUUUUGCGUUCUUCUUAUUUUUGGCCAAUUCUUUUAGAAUUUAAAUUUUCUUUAGAAAAAUGUGCUGAUCUUUCUCAACUUUGGUUUCGAGAAUUUUUUCUUGAAAUGGCAAUGGGGACAAGAAUUCAGUUUCCAAUUGAUAUGUCUUUACCUUGGAUUUUUGUUAAUUUUAUAUUAGAUUCUUUUGAUUCUUCUUUGUUGGAAUGUGUUUUAUUUCAAUUAGAUUUAUAUAAUGAUGCUGCUUCUUUUGCUUUAAAAAUGUUUAAAAAACAAUUUUUAUAUGACGAAGUUGAAGCUGAAGUAAAUUUAUGUUUUGAUCAAUUUAUUUAUAAAUUAUCCGAAGCUGUAUUUACACAUUAUAAACAAUUGGCAGCAACGAUGUUAUUAGAUAAAGAAUUUAAAUCAGAUUGUACACAAUAUUUUACAAUAAGAACACCUUCAGCAGUUAAAUUUGAAACUUUGCUUAGACAAAGACAUUUUCAACUUCUUGGUCGUUCAAUAGAUUUAAAUAGAUUAAUAUCUCAAAGAAUAAAUUCUUGUAUUCUUCGUUCAUUAGAAAAUGCAAUUACAAAAUUUGAAUCAGAAGGAUUAUAUUUUAUAAUUGUUUUGGAUAAUUUAUUGGAAGUUAAUCGUUUGUGUCACAGACUUUUAAAUGAAAAUUUGGGGUCUUUGGCUAAUUUUGAUGAUUUAUUUUUUGAAGCAAAUCGUCAAGUAUCUUCACAAAAUGGAAGAAUAACUUUACAUAUUUAUUCUGAAUUAAAUGAUGAUUUAUUUCCAAAUUUUUGUUAUAAUACAACAACUAAAAGAUUUGUUAGGGGGAAGGUUAAUUAUAGAAAUCCGCCAGAUAGAGGGCGUCCACCAACUGUAGCUGCUCAAUAUGAAUUUGGAUCAAAAUCUUUAAAUGCUGCUUUUUAUAACCUUUCAAUGAUGUAUAGCGGGUUUAUUGGUAUUCCACAUUUUAGAGUAAUGGCAAAAUUAAUUGGUUAUCAAGGUAUUGCGGCUAUUCUUGGAGAUUUAUUAAGUUCGGCAAGAAGAUUAUUAAAUGACCAAAUUAAAACACAUGUUAGAGUCUUGUUUGGAUUAGCACCAAAACAAUGUAAAUUACAGAGAUUUGAUUAUGGAAUUGAAGGUAAUCUUCAAUAUUUUGUUCAUCAAUUAAGAACAUUUUCUGGUUAUAUACAUUUACAUAAAGAAUUUUGUCAAUCUUUGCGUGAAUUUGGAAAUAUUAUAACAUUUAUACUUGGAUUAGAGAUGGGUUUGGCUCAUGAAGAAAUGUUUGAUUUACUUGCUGCAUCUACAUUUACUGGCCAAAUUCCAAAACCUUAUGCAAAAUCUUCUGAAGAACGAGAAUUAAAAAUUCAAAGAUUAGAAGCAAAAUAUUCUCGUCUUCAAAUUUCUUCUAUUUGUCAACAAUUUGGAACUGAAUCUCAAGCAAAAGUUGCUGCUGAAAGUGAAUUAUUAACAAGAGAAAGGCUUUGUUGUGGACUUAAUAUUUUUGGAAUGAUUUUAAAUCGUUUAAGAGAUACUCUUUUGGCAGAUCCUAUUUGGAUUGGACCAAAACCUUCAAAUGGAGUUAUGUGGAUAGAUGAAUGUGUUGAAUUUCAUAGAAUAUGGUCAAGUUUUCAAUUUAUUUUAUGUCUUGCUUAUUUUAAUCAAACAAAUAUUAAUCAAAAUUCUGGCCAAUCUACAGAAGACAUUUAUAGUACAUUAAAGAAAGGAAUAACAACAAAUGUUAAUAAUUCUCCAACUAUUGUAGAAAGUCUUUGGCAAGGUUUAAGUAUUGAAGAAUUGUUUGGUGAUGGUAUUUACUGGGCAGGAUGUUUAUUAAUUCGUUUAUUGGGCCAACAUAGAAGAUUUGAAGUUUUGGAUUUUUGUUAUCAUUUAUUACGUGUUAAUAGAACUGUUGGGGCACAAAUUGAAGGAAAAGAACAUGUGGAGUUGGGUUCUUCUCAACAAAAAAUUGAAAUUAGCCAAUUAAUUGACAGAAUACGUCGAGUUCAAGCUCAAAACAAUCAACUUUUUACUAUUUUAAAUAAUUAUGUUAUUAAUGAGAAUAAUGAGCAAACAAUUAGACAUUUCCCUCCACCUAUAUACCAACCACAAUCCCAACAUUAUGGAAAUGGGGAAACACAUGAAGGAAGUGCACUUUGA